CCGCUUUCAACCCCCUUUGCCUCAUUCUGUAAAGUUGUCGCCGUCGUGCUAGAUUCCUUUGGUCCCAACGUUGCCUACCUCUUAAACAGUCAUGGUUGUCCUCGCAGCGUCGAUAUGCACCCGCGGGGGCAAAGCUGUGCUUUCGCGUCAAUUCCGCGAAAUCGCCCGCUCGAGAAUCGAAGCCCUCCUCGCGUCCUUCCCUAAACUCGCCGAUGCCGGUACUCAGCACACGACCGUGGAGCAAGACAAUGUCCGUUUCGUUUACCAACCCCUCGAUGAGCUCUACAUCGUCUUGAUCACCAACCGCCAAUCGAACAUCCUCCAAGACAUCGACAGCUUACACCUUUUCGCCCAAGUGACCACCAGCAUCUGUAAGAGUCUGGAUGAGCGGGAGAUCUUGCGCAAUGCGUUCGAGCUGCUCAGUGCCUUUGACGAACUGGUGACGCUUGGCUACCGGGAGAACCUGUCUCUUUCCCAAAUCAAGACGUUCUUGGAGAUGGAGAGUCAUGAGGAGAGGAUCCAGGAGAUUAUCGAGAGGAACAAGGAACUCGAAGCCAGCGAGGAGCGCAAGCGCAAGGCAAAGCAACUGGAGAUGCAAAGAAAGGAGGCCGCCCGCACUGGCCGUAACAUGGCCCCCCGAACCCCCUCAUACCCCGUCUACACGCCCCCCGCCCGUCCUACGGUGCCAGAUACAUACGAUACCUAUGAGGCGGAGAAGAAGAAGUCAUUUGCCAAGCCGUUGGUUACACGGGGCAAGGGCAUGCAGCUGGGCAAGAAAUCCAAGGCUACGGAUAUAUACGAGAAGGUCCGGGGUGAUUUCGGGCCCGAGGUCGAGGAGUCGAGCCCCUUGGUCACUCCGCAGGUGUCCACUCCCGUUGGGGACAAUGCCUCGUCCGCUCGCGCAUCCCUGUCGGCCGACAGGGACCCCAUCCACAUUACUAUCGCCGAAACGCUGUCCGCCACACUAACCCGUGAGGGUGCGCUCAAAUCCUUUGAAGUCAAGGGUGAUCUCCAACUCCGCAUUUCCGAUCCGUCGCUCACCAAGCUCAAACUUGACCUGCUGGCCAAUCCGACCCACGGAGCUCAAUUCCGCACCCACCCGAAUGUUGACAAGGCCGUCUUUACCAACUCGUCCGCGAUCCAAUUGAAGGACAUGUCGAAGCGCUUCCCGGCAAAUAACGCAAUUGGUGUUCUGCGCUGGCGGGUAGCCGGCAGCGGGGAGAAUGCCGACAUUCUCCCUAUCACUUUCACUGUCUGGGUGAACAAGGGCUCGGACUCGACCACGGUGACGAUCGAGUACGAACUCACCGGCUCAGACACCUUGCGCGAUGUUGUCGUUACCAUCCCGUACGGUGCGGCGGAGCCAGCCGUGUCUAGCUUUGACGCGGUCUACGAGGUGUCGGGCGAUAGCCUAGACUGGAACGUCGGAACCGUGGAUGAGAGCAAUGCCUCGGGCAGCUUCGAGUUUGAAUCUGCUGGCGACGGCGACGAGAACGAGUUCUUCCCCAUGAACGUCCGCUUCUCUAAGGCCACCCCCUUCGUCGAGGUGGAUGUCAGCAACGUUUCUCUGCUGGAGCAGGAGGGCGAGAGCGCCGAAUUUGCUAAAGAAGUGAGAACAGUCGCGGAGAACUUUGUCAUUGAGUAAUUCCUGUUCAGUUUGUAUAGAGUAAUAAUGAUGUUCGGACCGGCUCUGAGGCUCGCGGCGAGUUUCCUUUUCUUUCUCUUGUUUUCUUUUUGGCUUCCCUUUGCGAAAGGGGCUUAUUCUCCUGUUCUUACUGCGCCAAUGCAAAUCUUUAUCCGUUUUA